GCAACUGAACAAAUGCUGAUGCUACACCGAUAGUUUGUCACGUACAAUUGAUGGGCUGAAAGACAAGUCAUUUUUGACAGUGAAUCCAGGUUUUUGAUGUGGGUUUAAUGGACUUACCAAACAAUACUUUUUAAAUGUGUCUCCCUUAGAGCUUAGUUACUGCUUUGAAGUUGUGAUCAUAUUACUAAGCAAUAGAUAUGCCGAAACAUGGAACUUAAUUUGAGUAAUUUUGGUAUCAACAACACUGCUGUGUUAAAUGCAAAUCCUUGCUAUAAAAUUGCCUCCUAUCUACCAACAGAAACUCCUAUGAUAUUAUGUGUAUUUUUUAAUGUUUUUCUUGGUUCUGUAUCUGCAGUAACUGUUUGUGGAAACCUCUUGGUAAUAAUCUCUAUAAUUUACUUUAGACAGCUUCACACUCCUACCAAUGCUCUCAUCCUCUCACUGGCUGUGGCUGAUCUUCUUGUAGGGGCUCUGGUCUUUCCACUCACAAUGGUGUUCUCAAUAAGCUCAUGUAUGUAUCAAGAGAAUUUAUUCUGUAAAGUGAGAAGCAGCUUCGACAUAACACUCAGUACAUGCUCUAUUCUGAACUUAUGUUGCAUUUCAGUUGACAGAUAUUAUGCCGUGUGCCAGCCACUGGCGUACAGAACUAAAAUAAGCAGUCAUGUUAUUGUGGUGAUGAUAUUGGUCAGCUGGGGUGUUCCAGCUGUGGUUGCAAUCAGUUUGGUGGGAUUUAACAGAGCAGAAUGUGGGCAAAACUGUUUUUUCACUGUUGUGCUAGGAAAAAUUCUGAUUGUUCUGAUUACGUUCUACUUACCUCUGCUGGUAAUGAUAUGCAUCUACCUAAAGAUCUUUAUUGUUGCACAGAGACAAGCGUACAGCAUCCAUAGCUUGAAAAAUCCUGGAGGAUCUGUUAGUAAAAUGGAGAAGAAGGCCACAAAAACAUUAGCAAUUGUCCUUGGAGUUUUUCUGCUGUGUUGGCUGCCGUCCUUUCUCUGCACAACUAUUCUGACUUUCAGUAAUGCUGCACAGCCUGGUCCUCUGGUGGAAAUACUUAACUGGCUUGCACUGUCUAAUUCAACAUUUAAUCCAUUUAUUUAUGCUUUAUUUUAUAGCUGGUUCAGAUCAGCAUUCAGAAUGAUUAUUUCAGGAAAAAUUAUUUUGGGAGAUUUUACUAAUAUUAAACUUUUUUGAUUUUUUAAACUUUGUAAAUUCACAAUGUCUUAUUUGAAUUUAAAAACAAAAGCAGUAAAAGCUUUGAGGGUGUUUGUAUUUGUGAAUGUAUAU